UGCUCCUGAUUAGAAUUCGGGCGAAUUGCUCCAUGAAAUAACUGCAAGACGUCAUUUAUUGACACUUCGCAUUGUCAGCUGUUUUGGUGAUUUGAAUUAAGUGGUUUUUUGUUUAACUUGCUGAAAAUUGCACAAAAAAGAAGCCUAAUACAAAGUGCAUAUAAAAAUAAACAAUAGUAAUAUUCACAUCUUCAUUAUUGCGGCAGAAGCGAAAAGUUUUUUUUAUUAAUCAGCCAUUGAAUGCACAUAAAACGGUGAAGCGUUUCGUGGGAAAACGCCUCAGCAAUACAAAAUAAUGAGUUACGAGGACGAUGAAUAUCACGUGGAUACGUUUCCAAAAGACUUUGGAUAUGGCUCAUUUGACCAAGACGGCUUGGAUGCACCCGGAAUGGGCGGUGGCGAAUCGAAGCCACGCAUUUUGCUAAUGGGCUUAAGGCGUUCGGGCAAAAGUUCUAUACAAAAAGUGGUCUUCCACAAAAUGUCACCAAAUGAAACCUUAUUCCUUGAGUCAACGAGCAAAAUCGUUAAAGACGAUAUUAACAAUUCCAGCUUCGUGCAGUUUCAGAUUUGGGACUUCCCAGGCCAAAUAGACUUCAUUGAUCCGACAUUUGACUCAGAUAUGAUAUUUGGCGGCUGCGGUGCUUUAGUUUUUGUAAUUGAUGCGAAGGAUGAUUACAAUGAAGCGUUAACUAAGUUCAAGAAUACUGUUAUUAAAGCAUACAAAGUGAAUCCACGCAUAAAAUUUGAAGUCUUCAUACACAAGGUGGAUGGUAUUAGCGAUGACUCAAAAAUGGAAUCGCAACGUGACAUACAUCAGCGUGCCUCCGAUGACCUAAGUGACGCAGGUUUAAAUCAGAUACACUUGAGUUUUCAUCUAACUUCCAUUUACGAUCAUUCGAUAUUCGAAGCAUUUUCCAAAGUUGUACAAAAAUUGAUUCCACAAUUGCCGACAUUGGAAAAUUUGCUCAACAUUUUCAUAUCGCACUCGGGUAUUGAAAAAGCGUUUCUCUUUGAUGUAGUUUCUAAAAUCUAUAUUGCCACCGACUGUUCACCGGUAGAUAUGCAGGGCUAUGAGCUUUGUUGUGACAUGAUCGACGUGGUCAUCGAUCUUUCGAGUAUAUACAGCUCCGAGGAAACAGCCUUUGAUCAUGAAAGCUCUAGUCUAAUUAAGCUGAAUAACAAUACAAUAUUGUAUUUACGAGAAGUGAACAAAUUCCUUGCGCUCGUCUGUAUUCUACGGGAAGAAAAUUUCAACAGACAAGGUGUAAUCGACUAUAAUUUUCUAUGCUUCCGUAAAGCAAUUAGCGAAGUUUUUGAAUUGCGCAUGAAGAGCCAGAAACUCGAGACAUUAGACGAACAAAUUGAACAGGAGGAUGUGGUGGACGAGGAUGAGGAUGAGCUUGUUGCACGCGUCAAUGAAAAUCAUUUAAAUUAAUUCGGUUUAAAAUAAUAUUAUUAUGCAAGUAUGUAUGUUUGUAUAUUUCGAUUUUACUAUCAAGCUUAUAUCGAUAUCGCCUAUAGCAACAAGAAGAAACAGUGUACAGGAAGCUUAAUUUUUGUAAGGAAAAAAUUAUAUUUUUAUGUGUCCUUAACUAGCACUCAUAGCCUUUCAAUAUCAUGCCCAAAUAUGUAUAUUAAAAAAUUUGUGGUGCUUUCAUUGCCCAGCAGAGUUUUGAAAUAACAUAUAUUUCCAGUUUAUUACAAAUUCACAUAUGGUUAAUUUUUUUUUACUAUCUAAAAAAUUCCAGUUUAGUGUUUUCCAUCGUAUUAGAAAUUUACUUUUUGGAACAAUGUUUUGAUCACUAUUAUCAUUCUUCAAAA